AUGAGAAACUCCUCAAUUGUCGAGGCAGAGAGAUAUGCCAGCCAGCUGCUUCCUCUCAAGUCUGACAUUUACAGAAACGGCAGCUCCUCCUACAGCAACUUUAAGAUUCUUCUGCUCAACAAGGAAGUAUCCGUUCCAAAGCUCCACACGCUCUCCUCAGGAGUACUUCCUGAGAUCCAGGCAUUCUGGUAUGCGACCCAGGAGAAUCUCUUCUUCAAUCUGCACAUAUUCCGGUACGACCUCAACUCGGUCGAGGUGCUUCCCAGCUUCCCCAGCAGCAUCUGCUUCGUGAAGGUCUACAGGCCCCCGAGGGGCGUCUUCAACUCAAAGAUCCAGUGCUGUCUCCUUGUUGUCACUGAGACCGAUGUUAUCGUCUACGGCAUCGAGGCCGACACCCACUGCAUCAUCAAUACAGACUUUUCAGCCAAGCUGUAUUCCAAGCCCGUCUGUGUUAAGCUUGCGAAUGGCAAUAUCUUCCUUGGAUGUGCCGACGGGAAUGUGUACUGUGCAUCGUGCAGGUCUGUUGACUUUCUGAACUACAAGUAUCUGAGCCUGUAUUCUCCGGGGCAUCGCUUCUCAGGAGCCUCUCUUCGAUCUUCUCCGGCAAAAAGGACAAGGUCUCCUGCAUUUCGGUGGGCACGAAGUAUCUGGUUUCUCUUUCGAAAGGCCUGGAGGUUUACAACAUUGAGUAUGGGAUCUACAAGGUCUAUGGAAUUAAGCCAAACGCCUCUGUGA